AUUUGGCGAUUAAGCGUGCGGCUGCGUUCGCUACCCGGCAUGCUGUGCGCUAGUGACGGCCCUCGCCUAUCCCCUUCCCAACCCUACCCCCACCCCUCCCUCCGUGGCCCCCCCUUCCCCUAAAGUGAGUGAGACGGGCAGAUGGAGGAGGGACUGUAAUGGCGGCGGCCGGCAGCUCCCUGCUCUGACCCACGGCAGGCACACAGCAACGACCCCUUCCCCGUCCCUCUUCUGGCCGGCCUCCGCCCCGCCGCCAGCGCGGGGCCACCCUUUCCAGCCCUUCCCCCAGCUGUCGGCGUCUCGCCCUGCGCCCCGGCCGGGGCCCCACACACAAUGGACGAGCUUGCCGGAGGCGGUGGUGGCGGCCCCGGGAUGGCGGCCCCUCCCCGGCAGCAGCAGGGACCUGGGGGGAACCUGGGCCUUUCGCCAGGGGGGAACGGAGCAGCGGGCAGCGGGGGUCCUCCAGCCUCCGAAGGAACGGGUCCCGCGGCAGGCCCCGAGCUGUCCCGGCCGCAGCAGUACACUAUCCCGGGGAUACUGCACUACAUCCAGCACGAGUGGGCUCGGUUCGAGAUGGAGCGGGCGCACUGGGAGGUGGAACGGGCCGAACUGCAGGCCCGGAUUGCAUUUCUACAAGGAGAAAGAAAAGGUCAGGAGAACUUGAAGAAGGACUUAGUAAGAAGAAUAAAGAUGUUAGAAUAUGCAUUAAAACAAGAAAGGGCAAAAUAUCACAAAUUAAAAUAUGGCACAGAACUGAACCAAGGUGACUUGAAAAUGCCAACCUUUGAGUCAGAAGAAACCAAAGACACAGAGGCUCCCACAGCACCUCAGAAUAGCCAGUUAACAUGGAAGCAAGGCAGACAGCUUUUAAGACAGUAUCUUCAGGAAGUAGGUUAUACAGAUACAAUAUUAGAUGUACGGUCUCAGCGGGUAAGGUCAUUACUUGGACUGUCUAAUUCAGAACCAAAUGGAUCAGUAGAAACAAAGAAUUUAGAACAGAUCCUAAAUGGAGGUGAAUCUCCUAAGCAAAAAGGACAAGAAAUAAAAAGGCCCUCUGGUGAUGUUCUUGAGACAUUCAAUUUCUUAGAAAAUGCUGAUGAUAGUGAUGAAGAAGAGGAAAAUGACAUGAUUGAAGGCAUCCCAGAAGGAAAAGACAAACAUCGAAUGAAUAAACACAAAAUAGGUAAUGAAGGUUUAGCUGCUGACCUAACUGACGAUCCUGAUACUGAGGAAGCACUGAAAGAAUUUGAUUUUUUAGUGACUGCUGAAGAUGGUGAAGGAGCUGGAGAAGCACGGAGUUCGGGGGAUGGCACAGAAUGGGAUAAAGAUGACCUCUCCCCAACUGCUGAGGUUUGGGAUGUAGACCAGGGACUAAUAAGUAAACUGAAGGAACAGUACAAGAAGGAACGAAAGGGGAAGAAAGGGGUGAAGAGGGCCAACAGGACAAAACUCUACGACAUGAUAGCUGAUCUGGGAGAUGAUGAGCUGCCCCACAUCCCUUCAGGAAUCAUUAAUCAGUCUAGGUCAGCCUCUACUAGAAUGACUGAUCAUGAAGGUGCAAGAGCAGAGGAAGCUGAACCAAUAACGUUUCCAUCUGGAGGAGGCAAGUCAUUUAUUAUGGGUUCUGAUGAUGUUUUGUUAAGUGUACUGGGCCUUGGAGACCUUGCAGACUUGACGGUAACAAAUGAUGCAGACUAUAGUUAUGAUUUGCCUGCCAAUAAAGAUGCCUUUCGAAAGACAUGGAAUCCCAAGUAUACACUACGUAGCCAUUUUGAUGGAGUACGGGCAUUAGCUUUUCAUCCUGUAGAACCUGUGCUGGUUACUGCUUCUGAGGACCAUACCCUGAAACUUUGGAACCUGCAAAAAACAGUUCCUGCCAAAAAGAGUGCCUCUUUAGAUGUAGAGCCUAUCUACACAUUUAGGGCCCACAUAAAUAUCCCACCAUGGGUAAAAGUUCCCGAAGACCUGAAAGAUCCAGAAGUGUUCCAGGUCCAGACGUGGCUGCUGGAAGCCAUGUUUGGCCGGGACGGAUGUCGAAUCCCUUACAUUGAGCAGCUACUCUUAGAUAUAGCCACUGUGUACACUUUGGUUUAUCUUCUUAUGGCCUUUAUUUGUGUUCAUAACACUCAGUUAUAUGGUAAGUUUUCUUUAUCAAAGUAUCUUUUAAACUUCUUUAACCUAAUUUUUUGUUUGUUUGUUUUUUUCCCAGAGCCAAAUGUUCUAGCUGGCACUUUAGUUGGUCAUACAGAUGCAGUUUGGGCUCUUGCUUAUAGUGGCAUAAAAAAUCAAUUACUGUCUUGUUCAGCAGAUGGCACUGUUAGAUUAUGGAAUCCACAAGAAAAAUUGCCAUGUAUUUGCACUUACAAUGGAGAUAAAAAGCAUGGAAUACCUACAUCAGUUGACUUCAUAGGCUGUGAUCCAGCUCAUAUGGUAACCUCUUUCAACACUGGUAGUGCAGUAAUUUAUGAUUUGGAAACAUCACAGUCAUUGGUGAUACUUUCAUCACAGGUAGAUUCUGGUUUACAAUCUAAUAAUCAUAUCAACAGAGUAGUAAGUCAUCCCACCCUUCCUGUUACAAUAACUGCUCAUGAAGAUAGACACAUCAAAUUUUUUGACAAUAAAACGGGUAAAAUGAUCCAUUCUAUGGUAGCUCAUUUGGAUGCUGUUACAAGUCUAGCAGUAGAUCCUAAUGGAAUCUAUUUGAUGUCUGGAAGUCAUGACUGUUCUAUCAGAUUAUGGAAUUUAGACAGCAAGACAUGUGUGCAAGAAAUAACAGCGCAUAGAAAGAAAUUGGAUGAAUCAAUUUAUGAUGUUGCUUUCCACCCAUCAAAAGCAUAUAUAGCUAGUGCAGGAGCUGAUGCCCUUGCCAAAGUAUUUGUAUGAAUCAACAAAAACUUGCAUCAUAACAAGAUAUGCUUGGACAGAAAGAGGGUCUGCAUCACUGCCAUCAAAAGGGUUACUGAUAUGACACUACAUGUGAUCUGCCUGGUGAAGGCUGUUUGGGGCAGGCACAGAUUGGUGGAAAACAUCUUAAUGUCAAGCUCAUUAAUUUAACUGUAAUUACUGUAUUUUGUGGGACAAAAAAAAAAGGACUCCAGUAUUUGUGGCCUGUACUGGAUAUGAACUGAGCGUAUGUCUGUUUUUAGGUGUCUUUAAGCCAAUGUGGAGUCUGAUCUUUCAAAAAAGACUAUAUAUUUUUUUUUUUUUUGACUCUGUGUGCUGCCUUAGGGUUAGGAAUGUGGUGCUCUUGUUGGGGGAAGUGAGCUCCAAGAGUAGCUUUUUUUCAUCUCUUAGUGAUCUUCUGUUCAUCAGUUGAAUGCCACAGAUUCCCCUUUAAACUUAUUUUGCUUUAAAAAAAAAAAAAAGAAAAAGAAAAUUUAACUUAAAAUAUUUUAGCAUUAGUUGCACAAAAUGUUUGGAUAAAAUUCUAGUUUUUAUAAGUCUUUUUAUAUAUUUAGCCUGUCACAACAGUGCUCAAGAUUGUAUUGAAGUUUUUCUGCAUUAUAUAACCCUAAAACACAGAGAUCUCACUGACCAGCUGCCCUGUAACCACUUUCUUUCCUUCUUCUGCCUAAUACAGCUCAGCUAAGUCUUUCCAUAAAGAUGCUAAAUAACGUUCAUCAUCACAUAAAUGUCUUCAUAAACCAAGGACUAUUAAGUGUAUUAAAAUGAAACAGUGGGGUUUAGUACUCCAAAUGAACUCUUAAAGAAAAAAACUAAUCUUGGCAUCCUAUCACUAUGUGAUAUUUUGUACAUCUUACUGUAUUUACAAGUUUAUUUAUCAAGGAUUAUCCAUCUUGCUAAUGGCCUAUUAUUUAUUUCACUUUUUGUUGGUCUUUAUAUCCUUUUAUUAAUGUGCUAAAGGAACCUGUAUAUCUAUUUUGGAACUCUUUGAAUAGUCUAAAAUAGACUAAAAAUAGAAUAUUUUAUAGUUUAAAUUACAAACCAAGGUGGUUCCCCUAAGAUACUUAUCUUGGUUUACCAUGAUUCCAAGCAAAACUAACUUGUUCAAAAAUAUUUGGAGUAAAAUUUUAUUUGCAUUACAAAUAGGAUACAAAAAUAGUUGAAUCAGGAUACAGAAAUCUGCUGUGUUUUGACUAGUUAUCCCUGUUUUAUUUUUUUAGAUGUGCUUAAUUUUAUGGUGUAAUUAAAGAUUUUGUUUGUGUAAUGCAUGAUUAAGACAAUAAAGUAUUUUUUCUAGUCUUCCGAGAAACUUUUCUGAUCAGUUUGCGAGUUUUGAUGAGUUUUGUAAGGUUUUUGUUUUACAGACUAUGAAUCAGCAAAUUUUUAAGAUUGUACCACAUAGUAAACGUACAGCUGUUGAAAAAAUAAUGUAUAUAAAAUGCAUAUAAUAAAUAUUAAAUUGUGUACCUGUAUGUUACUGUUGGCUACAUCAUUUUGUGCUGAAUAAUAAAGUGCAAUACUUUACUCUCCAUAAUUAAACUAGGAAAUGGAGAUUU